AUGGAGACCGCGACGGAGGCCUACCAGUAUGUGGGGCCCUUUCGACUGGAGAAGACCCUGGGGAAGGGCCAGACAGGUCUGGUCAAGUUGGGCGUACACUGCGUCACCGGCAAAAAGGUCGCCAUCAAGAUCAUCAACCGGGAGAAGCUUAGCGAGUCCGUGCUAAUGAAAGUGGAGCGAGAAAUAGCAAUUAUGAAAUUAAUAGAACACCCGCAUGUCCUAGGAUUGUCCGAUGUAUAUGAAAAUAAGAAAUACCUGUACCUAGUGCUCGAGCAUGUGAGUGGAGGAGAGCUCUUCGACUACCUCGUGAAGAAAGGAAGGCUCACACCCAAGGAGGCGAGGAGAUUCUUUAGGCAGAUCAUAUCCGCGUUAGACUUUUGUCACAGCCAUUCAAUAUGCCACCGCGAUUUAAAGCCAGAGAACCUACUGCUAGACGAACGGAACAACAUAAAAAUAGCAGAUUUCGGCAUGGCAUCUCUACAGCCAGCCGGGUCCAUGCUAGAAACGUCGUGUGGCAGUCCUCAUUACGCCUGUCCUGAAGUUAUACGGGGUGAGAAAUACGAUGGACGAAGAGCCGACGUGUGGUCCUGCGGCGUCAUCCUGUACGCUCUCCUCGUUGGUGCCCUGCCGUUUGACGAUGAUAACUUACGACAGUUACUCGAAAAGGUGAAGCGGGGAGUGUUUCACGUGCCACAUUUCGUGCCACCCGACUGCCAGCAGCUGUUACGAGGCAUGAUAGAAGUCAACCCCGAGAAGAGAAUGACUCUUGCAGAGAUAACUCGACACGGCUGGGUGACAGCGGGAGGUCGGGGCGAGUUGGAACAAGAACUACCCAUGAUGGAGGUCGUUCAAACCAGGGUGCUACCCAGUGCGGAGGCUAUAGACCCUGAUGUUUUACAGGCUAUAUGCAGUUUAGGAUGUUUCAAACAACGGGACAAGUUAAUUCAGGAGCUAUUAAGUCCACACCAUAACACGGAGAAAGUAAUCUACUUUCUACUUCUGGAACGCAAGAGAAGGAGGCCCGCGCGCGACGACGAGCCCAGGCCGCAGCCCGCGCCGCCCGCGCCCGACCCGCCAAGGAAACGACUGGACACUUGCAGAGUGAACGGUCAAUCUGCCCACUUCGGGCAAAUCAGCGAAGGGUCCCCGAUAACGCCCCGGCGGUCACAAUUCAGGUCCGCUUCGCGACGGGAAGGACGUAGUUCGCCGCAGUUACCCGCCAGCCCUCCGACAGGCCACACGCCACACAGAGUGUCCUCGCUGGGAGGUACGCCGGCGACACCAGGAUCUCCUCUCGCGUCGCCGUCUGUUCGGGAGCAUCACCACCAGAGAGCGAAUUCCACGGGGCCGACGAUAAGCCUCAAUAUCAGCGGGGAACCAGGCGAAGCAGUUAUUAUUAUAAACGAGUCUCCUUUACUGGGCAACACCGUCCCAGUGCGACCUCACAGCCCUUCGCAGUCACACAGAGUGCGCGAGCGCUCGUCGCUGCCCGGGCCGCCCAGCGCGCAGUCGCCGGCGCAGCCUUCACUGUUCCCCAAUCUAAAUACUAUCACAGGCGCGGCGGGCGGCAGCGGCGCGGGCGGCGCGGCGGCGCCGUGGCGCGCGCGGCUGGCCACCAUCAAGAACUCCUUCUUGGGCUCACCACGGUUCCACCGGCGCAAGAUGCAGGCGUCAUCGGAAGAAGUGCACCUAACGCCCGAAUCGUCGCCAGAGUUGACCAAGCGCUCGUGGUUCGGGUCGCUCCUACUGUCCGCGGACAAAGAGGAAACCUUCACGGCGCUCGUUAAAGGAAAACCCCUGGCCACUGUCAAGGCGGACCUCAUACACGCCUUCUUGAGUAUAGCAGAGCUGUCCCACAGCGUUCUGAGCCCUAUGUCUUUCCGAGUGGAGUACAAACGGGGCUCGAACGCGCCCGCCAUGUUUCAAAGACACGUCCGGUUUCAGGUUGAUAUUUCAACGAUCACUAAGGCGCCGGGUGAGAACGGAAAGGAAUAUCUAUACGCCAUCACUUUCACACUACUGUCAGGCAACAUCCGCCGCUUCCGGCGCGUGUGCGAGGUGGUGCAGGCCGCCGUGUGCCGCGCGCCCGGCGCCGGCCGCGCGCCGCCUCUGCACCCGCCCUCGCCCAGGGCUGCCAGGAGGAACAUCCCCAUACACCCGGCCAACGAGAUACCAGACAGUCCGGAGACCCCUCAUCAUCAGGAGCAGGAAGACACGCCAUUCGACGCCACCAAGAGUCCGACCAACACUAGCCACAACUCCAUAGAUAACUCCAUAGAUAAUUCAGACCAGAACGGAUCCCACACUCUGGGCUCGAGUUCGUCAGUAACCAGUGGUUCGAGCGGGUACAAACAAAGUGUGCGGCGGCGGCGCGUCGACCGUGAGCCGGCGUCCGCGUCCCUCGACCACGAGAUCAUGAGCUGUCCGAGGGAGUUGCCUGGCACCCACACGAAGCGCUCAUCCUCCGAGCACCGAGAUUCCCUCGACUCUCGCUCGUCCCUCAAAGACGAUCUCCGCCGCAACAACAGCCUCCGAGAGCGCCGCGGCGAACGGGACUUGCCUCGCGUCGCGUGAGACACACACUUUCAACAUAUAACCACUGUACUAAAAUGUAGACCUGCCUCGACCGAGGCAACGAUACAUUGGCUGCUUGCCUCGCGCUGUGUGGGCGAUCUCCGCAACAGUCUGCGAGAGCGCCGCGGCAAACGGGACUUGUCUCGCGUCGCGUGACACACACUUUCAACAUCUGUAUUAACAUGACAACUACUGUAUUAAAAUGUAAACCUGCCUCGACC